CAGCGACUGGUUUUAACUUGUCUCUUCGCGGCACCGUGUACUUACUUAAAGGAAGGGCCCUUCCAAUACAGCAAGAAAAUAAUAGCAUAGUCAAAAUGGGGUCCGUUAGCACUCAAGAAAAUGAGCCCAUCAUCAUUCACCCGCUCAAGGUGUUUGAAACCUGUCGCAAACAGGGAAAAUUCGUGUAUGCCUGUGCACCCAUGGUGAGAUAUAGUAAACUCGCCUUCCGACAAACAGUACACACGUACGGCACAGAUCUGUGCUGGACGCCCAUGAUCCUCGCCAAAGAGUUCAACAGAAACAGCUUCGCCAGAGACAGUGACCUGACGAUCGCAACGGCCGGCCCGCAACCACCCACGAUUAUACAAUUUGGCGCGAAUGUGCCUACUGAGUUGGCACGUGCGUCUUCCCUAGCCAUGCCUUACGUAGGAGGUAUCGAUUUAAAUUGUGGCUGUCCACAGUCAUGGGCAUGCGCUGAGACUCUCGGUGCUGCGCUUAUGAACAAAAGAGAGCUCGUGCGAGACAUGGUGGUGGAAACACGCCAACGGCUCGCAAGUGAGGGUUGGGGAGUCGGCAUGGAGAAGGAUAUCGACAAUCCCAAAGGUCGAAGUGUCAGCGUAAAAAUCAGAGUCCACGACGAUUUACGGAAAACAAUGGAUUAUCUCGAUACUGUCAUUGGCCACCCCCAGAACCGCCAAGUUGACUGGGUCACCAUUCAUCCACGAACAAGAUACACACCGUCCUCCACCCCUAUUCGAACAGAGGCCCUCGAAAUCCUCGCCGAAAAGUACUCUCCGAUCCUGCCAAUCAUGCUCUCCGGUGAUGUGUUCGACCUAAACGAUCUCCCUCUACGCGCUACUCGUACCGACCUGGCGACUCUGACAAUCAAGGACGAACCAACCGCCCCAGAACCCGCCAAUACAUAUCUUUCAGGCUUCAUGUCUGCACGUGGCCUUCUUGCGAACCCCGCACUCUUUGCAGGCCAUUCAGCAUGUCCAUGGGAGACCGUCGAGACAUUCAUGUGCAAUGUUGCUCGCUGUCCUCUUCCGCUAAAGCUCGUCAUCCACCACGUCGAGCAAAUGUGCUCCCCCGGCAUGGGCAGGGAUAAAAGCUCAUUGCUGUCCAAAAAGGAGCGCUCGCGCUUUUCACGGAUCGCCGACAUGGUUGAGUUGAUAGACUUCCUCGACGAGAAGAUUGCCGAGCACAAAGGACAAGAGGGCGGCAUGAGACGAAAUCUUUAGAUACGGCACAUGAUGGAUGCAUGAACAUAACGACAGAUAGAAACGAUAGAUACCGUGUAAAUAGAUAGAGCAUUUAACUCGGAUAAAAGGACAACUACGCUAGCAAUGAUAGAUACAAUAUAAAAAUGCAGCUGCAAACAUAACAACCCGACGCCGUUUUCCUUGGAUAAUUCAUUCGUUGCAUCGUGUAGAUCACCAAAAAAGGAGGGACAUUUUACAAUCCAGACAGCAUAUGCUGGAUACCCACAGAUCCCGAGUCAUCUCUUCGUUGGACAAACGCGCGGAAGUCUGCCUUGGAUAGUUUGCCCUUGUUGCUGUUCUGGCCCGGCGCAAGUUGUCUCGACUUCUCCUUGAGAGCCUCGGCACCGACAAUGAAGAGCGAUCCAAUCUCCGUCAACUGUUCAAUGGCAUUACCAAUGUCCUUGGCAAGCGGCCACUCGCGAAUCAUGGAGACGUACUUGGCAAUGUCCUGCGUGACCAUGAGACCGCCCGUAGCGUUCACCUGGAACUUCUUAAAGUGCUCAAAUAGCAGGCCGUGUAGAACAAGCGCAAGCUCACUGAAGAACUUUUCGGCAUUCUGCCCGUCAAUGGCGGCCGACGCGUGCUUACCAGCGCGGCUGAGGAAUGUGCAGAUGCUAAGACAGGUGGCAGUUUGCAGAGACUCGAGCUCGACGUCCUUGGGGCGGAAGUCUUGCUUCUUUUGCUGGCUGAGUGCCUUGGUCACCCAGUUGGUGACGACAUCAAUGGAAAUCUUCAUGACGGCGUUGGUCUUCUUUUCUAUAGAGUCCAUGGCCAUCUUCUUUUGGGCCUCCAUGCUCUUGCGGACCGUCGUGUUGGAAUCGGCAAGGCGGAUCAAGACUGUUGUGAUGAAACGAUCCAUGAUUGCCGCGAUCGUGACGGCUGGGCGAAUAGCCGGCAUGUACGACAGAUCCGGUUCAGCUUUUGCGUGUUCCAGAGACACUGCCUGGGAGUGGGCAGCCUCCAGCGCCGUCUCGACGUAGACCUGGCCCAUAUUUGUCAGAAGCAGGUUCAACAACAUGCUCAUAUCCUUGGCUGUUUCUGCCGGUGAGCCCAAUUCUAGCGUUCGUUGCACACUCUCGGCCAGCCACUUCAUCAUUCGCUUAGCGUUGGUAACGCUCAGUGUACCGUCAUCCUCAGAGAGUUCAAUUUCGUUUGUGGUAUCUCUCUCGUGGAGGCCAGCGACGCGAAGCAUGGUAGCUUUUUGCGUAGGGGUAAGAUCUGAUGAGUCGAGUCGUUCUAGGUAAGCAUCCUUGGCAGAUGCCAUGAGUUGAGUGCCUUGCUGUGCGAGCGAUGCCAUGAAACCGGUGGGUGCCUUCUUCCUCUUGGAGUGAUACAUUGUGAACUUGAAGAGUAGCGAGCUGUACAUUUCUUCAAGACUUUUCUUUUCUCGAUCGAUGUAAAGGUUGCCUACAAGAUAAGGCACAAACAGCUCGUCGAUUUGUUGAUCCAAAACCUGCGCUACUUGGGCAGAGCAUGGUUCAGGAUGCUCAGUUAGGCCAUGGGUUUUGAGAUCCUCUAUCAGCGCACUGAUGUAGCUUCUUGAAGAAUGAAUAGAUCUGAGGAAGGCUAACGACGAGACGCUGUCAGCCUUAUCAAGCACCUUUUCUAGGCGUUGUUGAAUGGACUGUUGAAACACUCUUUGCGUAAACUUUGUCAAAACGAUCUCGUAAUACGGGAAAGCGCGCUUGAUGAUAAACGACUCUUCUUGCAUGACGAGCUUCACUUCAUCGACAAGCGACUGCAAUGUAGGCUCGACGUUUGGAGGAUCAGCAUCAGGGUCCGCUAAGCGCUCCCAGGUGUCGUUGUCGACCAUACCCUCGUCUUGUAAGAGCUGGUCACGAUCGAUGAAGAACUGGUGUUGAUUCACAAAGUUUGCAAUGACGCUUGCACCACCGUUAAAGUCGUAAAGCACCUUUGCACAUUCCAUCAUGUCGUCAAAGUUUUGCCUUCUGUAGCUGCUGUUGAACUGUUCCAAUAGGUCCCUUUCCAAAGACUCGCAGAACUUUUCAAGGAUCUCGCGCGUAUUGUGCAUCUUUCCGGUCGGGCUGCCUAGGCCAUUUGUAGCACUAAUAGUAGAAGUAUGGCCGGCCGUCUGCCACAACGUGUGGUCGAGCUGCUGGCUAAUUCGCGUAAGCUGUCGAGCGAUAACGGCGCAUCUGAUUUGAUUUUCGGCAGUGGCUUGUCGGCGAAUAUCCUCUAACGAGCCAAGUUGGCCGGUUUCACUGACUUCGGUCCAACAUUGGAUCAGAAACUGGGCAUCUUGAGCGCGGCGUCUCUUUCUAUCAAGCUCCUCAAGCUUCUCGCCGAUUUGUACUGCGACAUGGCCACCACCAUCUCCUCUCUUAGGAGCUUCCGCUGGGUUGUUGGGUGUUUGAUCCAUGGAAAAGUCCAGCUUCUCGAAAGAUAGCAUAGACUGGUCGAGCUUUCGGCCGAGUGUAUCUAAUGUUUGGUUGUGUUGAAUCUCCGCUCUCCUGACUUGGGAG